AUGCGUAGUAAGAGACCUUGGAGGCAUCAUAACAUCCUAGUUUCAACCGAUCCAGCAGAUAAACAUAUACCUUCAAGACGCUCAUUGAAAAUGUCAGAUUCCCUUCCCGCCGCAUCCCAUGAUCCGGACUCCAUCGAGCGAUCUCAUCCCGCCCACGCCGAAGACCGAAAAGCAGCCGCCGCGCUUUCCUCCCUGCACGCUAAUGAGAUCGGCACGGAAUCAAGCAAUAAGUCUUCGCCUGCCGAUCAGGAGGCUUUGGGAAAAGCGAUGAGUAGGUUGGAUAUUGCCCCGGUUACGGAUGCAGCGGCCAGGAAGGUAGAUACCAAGAAGACACAGGCAGUGACGAAGAAGGCUGUGAAGGUUUCGGCGGAGGAUGUGAAUUUAUUAGUGCAAGAGUUGGACUUGAGUAAGAGCAAGGCAACGGAGUUGCUGAAGGCGCAUGAUGGUGAUAUGAGGAAAGCGAUCCGGGCCUUCAUUAGCCCCAUGGGAGCAUGA